AUGCCUGAUUUGGAAGACGAUGAAAAAAAAACUAAUAAAAGACGGAAAAAUAUUGUCGAAAAAGAAAGAAUUGCUGAAAAACGACUUAAAAAUCCAGAAUUACGCGAUCGUGAAAGAGAAGCCAAUAAAAUAAAAAUGGCUGAAAAACGUCUUAAAAAUCCAGAAUUACGCGAUCGUGAAAGAGAAGCCGAUAAAAUAAAAAAGGCUGAAAAACGUCUUAAAAAUCAAGAAUUACGCGAUCGUGAAAGAGAAGCCAAUAAAAUAAAAAUGGCUGAAAAACGUCUUAAAAAUCCAGAAUUACGCGAUCGUGAAAGAGAAGCCGAUAAAAUAAAAAAGGCUGAAAAACGUCUUAAAAAUCAAGAAUUACGCGAUCGUGAAAAAGAAGCCAAUAAAAUAAAAAUGGCUGAAAAACGUCUUAAAAAUCAAGAAUUACGCAAUCGUGAAAGAGAAGCCGAUAAAAUAAAAAAGGCUGAAAAACGUCUUAAAAAUCAAGAAUUACGCGAUCGUGAAAGAGAAGCCAAUAAAAUAAAAAUGGCUGAAAAACGUCUUAAAAAUGAAGAAUUACGCAAUCGUGAAAGAGAAGCCAAUAAAAUAAAAAUGGCUGAAAAACGUCUUAAAAAUCAAGAAUUACGCGAUCGUGAAAGAGAAACCAAUAAAAUAAAAAUGGCUGAAAAACGUCUUAAAAAUCCAGAAUUACGCGAUCGUGAAAGAGAAACCAAUAAAAUAAAAAUGGCUGAAAAACGUCUUAAAAAUCCAGAAUUACGCGAUCGUGAAAGAGAAGAUAAUAAAAUAAAAAUGGCAGAAAAACGAAAAAAUAAAAAAAUACUCAAAAAUUUAGAAAAAUUUGAAGAAGCAAAGUUUAUGGGUCCAACCGAAAUGUGUUCAUGUUGUGGUUGUUUAUGGUUUAAGACCCAAGUCCGUUCAUAUAAUAUACUAAAUAACAUAAAGUUAAACAAAAAUGACAAAGAUUUAGUCGAUUUUUUUAAUGUGGGAGAGAACUGUCAGUUUUGCAAUACUUGUUUUCAAGAUAUAUCAAAAGGAAAAGUUCCUCGUCUUGCUUUAUCACACGGAUUAAUGUUUCCUGAAAUUCCUGAUUGUAUUCAAAAACUUAAUGAUUUAGAAGAAAGAAUGGUGUCAGCAAGAAUAAUAUUUGAGACAAUACUACAUUUGCCAAAAGGUGGACAAUAUAAAAUGAAAGGAAAUGUAGUAAAUGUUCCAGUAGAUCCUAAUGCAAUGCUUCCGUUACUUCCGAGACUUGAUGAUGACUUACACAUAAUAAGAGUACAAUUAAAAAGACGUAUUAAAGACCCAGACAAAUUAAAAAUCGAUGAUUUGUAUAAAACUGUUAGACCACAUGAACUUCGACAAGCACUUAAUUUUUUAGUUAAUCAAAAUGCAUAUAAAAAUGCUGGUGUUAAACUUAAAAAAGAUUGGUUUAUACGGUUUCCUAAUGAUUUUUCUAAAACUAGUGAUGCAGAAGAUGAUCAACAAAAUAGUUUUGAAAAUGAAGAAUCAGAUAUAGUAGGUUGUUUAGACACUCUUUUAGAUAAUGAUGAUCAACAAAUUGGAGUAGCCUACGCACCUGGAGAAGGGAAAAAGCCAUUAAAUGUUUUAAUUGACGUUAACGCAGCUUCAUUAGCAUAUCCAAAAUUGUUUGCUGGCAAUGAAAGGCCUUUAGUCACUAAAACAAUGCGAUUUACAGUAACAGAUUUUGCAAAAUCAGAACUAAGAAGAUAUGAUCGCCGAUGCGCUGAAAAUAUACCAUAUCUUUUUUUCACAUUCAAAAGAAAACAAUGGUAUGAAGCUACAAGUGCUUCAAAUAUUUUUAAAAGAAAAAUAAAAGGACAAUCCGAAUGGUCUGCUAAUGAUGCAUUAGACAACAUUAAAGUUAAUCAAGCUAUAGCAUCCGAUAAAGCUUUCAAAAGCAUUUCUAAAUUAAGAACAAGUCCUUCGUAUUGGGAAAAAAACGUGAUGAAACAAUUGCAAUGA